GUUAGAGUGGUGGUGGUGCUUCUCUUGACUGUUUUGUAAGGGUGCUUAGUUAAUCUGCUACAAUGUGUGAACCAUUUUUGGGAACUUGGAAGCUAGUUUCUAGUGAGAACUUUGAUGAUUACCUGAAAGAACUUGGUGUGGGCUUUGCUACUAGGAAGGUGGCUGGUGUUGCCAAGCCCAAUGUCAUUAUCAGUUGCAAUGGGGGUAUUAUGACCAUCAGAACAGAGAGCACUUUCAAGAACACAGAGAUUUCCUUCAAGCUGGCAGAAGAGUUUGACGAGACCACAGCGGAUGAUAGGAAAGUAAAGAGUCUUGUGACACUAGACAAUGGAGUUCUCAAUCAAGUGCAGAAAUGGAAUGGGAAAGAGACCACAAUAAAAAGAAAGAUUGCAGAUGGAAAGUUGAUUGUGGAGUGUGCUAUGAACAAUGUUGUCUCCACCAGAGUCUAUGAGAAAGUGUGAGGACUCUUGCCACCUGACAAAUAGGACCUUGAAGUGGAAGAUAAAGCUUGGUUGACAGAGCAGAGCCCUGCAAGGCUAAUUGCUUCAAAGAACUGACUUGUUUACUGGCCAACUCCAAAGGCAGCUGUGUCUCAUCAGAAGCAUUGUGAUUAUUCAAUAAAAUGCUCACCUUUGGGGAAAGA